AGCCAUGGACCAAGCACCCAUCACCCACUGCAUCUAUAAGAAACGAACCCAUGCAUGCAAACAAAUCACUAGUAGCAGCUAGCCUACGAGCCACACACAUCACAUCAAAGCGCAGCAAUCAACGCAAUGGCGUCUUCCUCGUCGUCUCCGCUGCUCAUGCUGCUGCUGCUCCCUCUCCUGCUCGCCAUGGCGCGUCCGUGCUACAGCGUCGACGCCAUCGGCACCUACUGCGCCAAGAACGGCACCAGCGCGGAGACGCAGGCCAGCAUCGACCAGGUCCUCGCGGCGCUCGUCCCGCGCGCCUCCGCCGCCUACUACGCCACGGCCACCGCCGGCCGCUCCUCGUCCGCGGUCUGGGGCCUCGCGCAGUGCCGCGGCGACGUCCCGCGCCAGGACUGCUCGCUCUGCCUCGCCGCGGCCGCCAAGGAGGUCGCGUCGUCCUGCCGUGGCAGCUCGGACGGCCGGGUCUUCUACGACUACUGCCUCCUCCGGUACUCCACCUCCAACUUCGUCGGCCUCGCGGACACGGGCUACACGCUCAUCCUCCUCAACACCCAGAACGCCACCGGCGUCGACCUGACCGCGUUCGACCGGGCGCAGGGGAAGCUCAUGUCCCGCGUCGCGUCGGAGGCCGGCGGCGCCCAGAACAAGGGGCUGGCGACGGACACGACGCGGCUCGGUGGGGACGGCGGCGGAGCCAAGACGACCAUCUACGGGCUCGGGUGGUGCACCAGGGACAUCACGGCGGCGGACUGCGGGCUGUGCGUGGCGCAGGCGGUGGCGGAGCUGCCCAACUACUGCCGGUACCGCCGCGGGUGCCGCGUGAUCUAUAGCAGCUGCAUGGCGCGCUACGAGGUGUACCCCUUCUUCUUCCCGCUCGACGGCGCCGGCGAGUCGGCCGACGAGGUCGCACAGUGCGACAAGAUCGUCUUGAACUACCCGUGAUGGGUGGAGUACAGCUAGUCAACUAGAGUGCUAUCUACAAGCACUCUAGCUCGUUGUGCGUAUCUGGUGGUGGCGAAUCCAUUUGUUAGUGUAUGGCUGGCUCGUAGCUAGCAUAAAAUCCAACCGGGGUCCAAAUAAUUCUCGUGAAGUGCAAAAUAAUAAGCGAAAUAAUAGCCUCGUGUUUGUUUGUGUACAUGUUUGCUUGUGAAAAUAAAUUUCGUGCAAACUACCCUAAUGUAAUUUCCAUAUUUGCAAAACUACUACCCACCAAAAGUUAAUUAAUUUCAUAUUUGUCUGUAGUGACUUCAUCAAUCUCAAUAUAUUAUGUCGGCUCAGUCUCUCUCGGAAAUGAUUAUAAGGGUAGAGUGUGUGUGCUUGCGUUUAUAGAGACGAGUGUAUGUAUGUGUAUGUGAUGGCUUCGAUUGUACU